AUGGAUUGUCCGCACAUCGUCGAUAACGUAGGUCUUGGUAAGGAAUCGAUCAGGGCGGUGAAGAACAGCAACAUCGCAGCUACGGCCGUUGCUGCCGAACCCAUCACCAACACCCCCUUACGCGAUGUGUCGGAUGCGGUAGUACUGUCCGACGUAGUAGUUGCUGCCAGUCCGACCACUGUUCUCACGGUCGCCUCUACUGCGUCAUCGUCCUCAUCAUCAUCAUCGGCAGCAGCGUCAAAGCAUUGGAAAUGUACAGAAUGUUCCAUCAGCAAAGACAACUGGAUGUGUUUACAAUGCGGUGCGGUACUAUGUGGUCGCUACGACAACGGCCAUGCAUUGAAGCAUUCGAAUAUGAACAAAAAUCACAACAUUUGCAUGAAUACGUCAAACCAGUCAGUCUAUUGCUAUAAAUGCGAUGAAUUUGUGAUCAACGACACCAAUGACAAUGCACUGGAAGAACUCCGGCAAGAAUUAAAGGAAGGCAAUGGCGAUCAGAUGGAUACGAUCUCUGAAACGUCCUCCACGCUGGAAGAAAUCAGUUCAUCUAAAUCGACGCAAGAAACGGCCAGCACAUCCUCGUCGAGUGACUCCGGUUGGGAAGAACCAUCGCCAACGGCACUGAUUACACCCGUACCGAUACCGACCGUUGCUAUUGUUAGUUCGCGAAAGUUGCGUCCCCGCAAGCGUACAAUAUCGAGCGAUAGCAACAACGAGAACGGUGCGACCACUGCCAAACGGAAGUCGAUGCGGCGAGUCGUCGGAUUGCGCAAUCUUGGCAACACCUGCUUCAUGAACUCAGUAUUACAAUCGUUAAGCAACAUACAGGAGUUUAGCUGCUACUUCAACACGAUGCCUGCACUGGAGAUGAAACACAAACAGAAGUCGUACCAUUCGCGCAGCAUCAAGGAAACAAUGGACGAUGUGUUUGUCGUGGAGGAACUGCGCAAGGUUCUACUGAACCUUAGUCAAGGUGGCGAUGGGUCGAAAGGUGCCAUCUCACCCGAGUGUUUGUUUCUGGUCAUCUGGAAGGUUGUACCACAGUUCCGUGGACACAGGCAGCACGAUGCACACGAAUUUCUGCGCUACAUGCUUGACCGGCUUCACACCGAACUGCAACAGGUAUCGUUUCCGGUAGAGCUUUCAGCACAGAAAGCAGGCGAACACAAAAAUCCCUACAACGUAUCGGGGUUAAGUCAUCUCCAGGCGAAGGGCCGAAAUUCCAUCGUUACGAACGUGUUCGGAGGUGUACUGCAGAGUGAGGUGCGCUGUCUAAUCUGUGGCAUGGAAAGCAAAAAGCACGACCCAUUCCUCGAUCUAUCGUUAGACAUUCCUGAAAAGUUUUACAGCAAAGAUCACGCCUCGGAUGGUGGUGGAAAUGGAGUGGAUGCGACAAGUGGUGGUGCGGCGCCUGUUUGUCACAUUGCCGACUGUCUGUCCAGCUUUACGGAGGUAGAAGAAUUAGCAGAAACUGAGCUAUACUAUUGCAAUUCGUGCAAAUGCAAACAGAAAUCGACCAAGCGCUUCUGGAUUCGUCGAUUACCGAACGUGUUGUGUUUGCAUAUAAAACGGUUCCGAUGGAACAAUUUCUACAGAACAAAGAUCGACCUGAGAAUAGCAUUCCCCAUAAACGCUCUCGAUAUGUCACAGUUUGUGCUAAAUAAUGGACCGGAAACGAGGCGAUCCAAUUCUAGCUGCAACAUUUACGACCUAGCCGCCGUUAUCGUGCAUCAUGGCAAUGGCUCCAGCUGUGGGCAUUAUACGUCCUUUGCCAUCAACAAUGGUGUCUGGAUGCACUUCAACGAUCACACGGUGAAGGAGGUGAACAGUACGGCGGUCGCCGAAUGCAAACCAUACAUCCUGUUCUACAUCAAGCGUGAUCCAACGAAUGCCAACCGACUGUCUACGAUCGGUACCGCGGCACCAGGUGCUGCAGCGGGACCCAAUCAGUCGUCCUGA